GCGGAAAUUAUCUGUCAAACACGAUCAGCUGAUAAUAAGUUUGCUAUUGAGCACAAUGUCCUAUAUAAACAGUGCCCCGAAUCGGACAGAAAACGAAACAAAGAACAGCAGUGUUCCAGUGGAACUGGUGUAUUGUUUUUAGGUAAAGUGGAAACAAGGCACGCAACGAUGAUGGAACGUAAACUUACAAUCCUGUACGGAAGCCAGUCCGGUACGGCACAGGAUUUGGCCGAGCAGAUAUGGCGCGAAUCGAAGAUGUACUUAUUCCGGGGGAACGUACUACCGAUGGAUGAGUACGACGUGUCGGAACUGAUCGGAGAACGAUUCGUAGUGUGUGUCUGCUCCACCUACGGUCAGGGCGAAGAACCCGACAAUAUGAAGCGGUUCUGGAAGUUUCUGUUGCGCAAAAGCCUUCCCACCGAUUCGCUUCAACAGGUGCACUUUGCCGUUCUCGGGCUCGGUGAUUCGCGCUACCCGAAGUUUAAUUACGUAGCGAAGAAGCUGCACAAACGUUUGCUACAGCUAGGCGGAACUGCCCUACUGCCAGUCGGUCUCUGUGACGAUCAGCACGAUCUGGGGUAUGGGGCCGUCUUUUUGCCCUGGAUCAAUCAGCUGUGGGAAGAGCUGGGAAGCACGGUACCGCUGCCAGUCGGUACGCACAAGCUUCCAGAAAGUCCUCGAGAGUUCCGAUGGAACGUGGAAAUAGUCAAAGCGGACCAACAGCAAACAGAUGUGAUCGAUCUGUACGCCGACAUAACAAUGCCGAACGGAUUUCAAACUGUAGUUGUAGAAAAUCGACGCACCACCGCUGCGGACCACUUCCAGGACGUGCGGAUGAUAACGUUCGAGAAAAAGGCAGUUCCUUGGAGUUCGGGCGAUGUGCUUUAUGUUAGACCGCACAAUUCUAGCGACAGCAUUGAUCAGCUGUUCGAACUGUUUAACCAGCAUGGUAUUCACCUUGAAAGGGAUACGUUUGUUCAUGUGAAAGCCAUUGAUUCAGAAAUGCCCGUACCAUCAAUUCUUCAAAAACCUCUGCCCUUGCUUGCCAUUGCGGAACAAUACUGGGAUUUAACGGCCAUACCACGUGCGAGGGCUUUUGCGGUAUUGGCAAAAAAUUGCACCAACGAGUUAGAACGGGAAAAACUGAUCGAGUUCAGCCGUUACGAAGGGCAGGAAGAUCUGUUUUCCUACGCCAACCGGCCGAGACGGACGAUACUGGAGGUGCUACAAGAUUUCCCACACGCCACAACCUGUCUGACGCUAGAAGCGCUUUUCGAACUGUUCCAACCGAUAAAGCCGAGAGCAUUUUCGAUUGCCUCCGCAGUGGAAAGUGGAAAAUUACAAAUUCUCGUCGCUAUUAUUGAAUACCGAACCAAGCUAAGUGUUCCCAGGCGCGGUUUAUGUUCAAACUGGUUGAAACGAUUGACGUCGGGCCAUGUAGUAAAUGCAUGGGUACGAAAGAGUACAUUCCAGCUGCCGACAGAUAAUAAAAUUCCACUCGUAAUGAUUGGGCCAGGAACGGGUUUAGCACCAUUCCGUGGUAUACUCCAGGAAAGGGAACACUCGGAAAUGCCCACUUCUGCACCGUUGGUACUAUUUUUCGGUUGCCGUAGCUCUACCGCCGACUUUCACUGCGAGGAAGAUCUCAAGCGGAUGGAACAGAACGGUAUGCUGCAACUAUUUUGUGCCUUUUCCCGUGAUCAACCGGAAAAGAUUUAUGUACAGCAUCUUAUCGCAAAGCAGGGUGUGCUUUUAAAAAAGCUGCUGGUAGAGCAAGGUGAUCCCUUCCUGGAAAAGAUGGAACCGGUGCGGCUUACGCCGGCCUGGGAAGAGCACAAUCUACCGAAUGAUGAGCUCAACUUCAGGGGGAUGACAAUGGAGCGGGCCAAGAUGGAACUGAAUCCACCGCGAGACAAACUGCGCCUCGUCUUUCUCACACUGAUGAUCCACGGUAUCGGUACGCUGAUGCCAUGGAACAUGUUCAUCACUGCCAAAUCAUAUUUUGUAGAUUAUAAGCUAAGUCAAAACUAUACAGGCGUCGAGUUAGAGUAUGGAACGUACUUUCUAGCGUACGUUGGAUUCGCUUCCCAAGUUCCAAAUCUGCUGUUUAAUUGGCUUAACAUUUUCAUGAACCUUGGUGGCAAUCUCACGAAACGGAUCGUUUACAGCAUUCUGAUAGAAGUGAUCGUCUUCGUCGUAACGGUAGUGCUAGCAAUGAUUAACUCUUCCGAAUGGCCCGGAGCAUUCUUCUGGAUCACGAUGACGACGGUGGUGAUAUUGAACAUGGCGGGUGGAAUUUAUCAAAACACCGUGUACGGUAUGGCCGCGAAGCUUCCAUUCAAGUAUACGGGCGCAGUCGUGCUCGGAUCGAACAUUAGUGGCACGUUUGCGUCGAUCAUCUCAAUCCUCAGCUCACAGUUUGCCUCCUCCGUAAGGACGGCAGCAAUUUACUACUUCAUUACGGCAAUGUUUGUGCUGCUGCUAUGUUUCGACACGUAUUUUGCGUUACCAUUGAAUAAAUUUUACCGCUACCAUGAGCUGCUCAAGGAGAAGGAAAUCGAAUCGAACCAGCGUGCGAAUGUGGGCGCCCGGCCACCGUACUGGACCAUCUUUAAGCAAGCGUUCCCACAGCUGUUCAACGUGUUUUUCGUAUUUUUCAUCACGCUAGCCGUCUUCCCGGCGGUGCAUUCCGACAUCAAACGUACGGACAGCAACUUCAUCAUCGAGGACGAUCUGUUCGUGAGUAUCUGCUGCUUCCUAACGUUCAACGUGUGCGCCAUGCUCGGUAGCCUGCUGACGUCCUGGGUAACCUGGCCCAAGCCCAAGUACCUGGUAUGGCCCGUACUAUUGCGGGCAGCCUUUCUGCCGCUGUUCCUCUUCUGCAACUAUCAGCCGCUCAACAUUUCGCGCGUCCUGCCCGUCUACAUCGAUCACGACUGGGUGUACUGGGGUAUCGCGAUCGUGAUGGCCUUCACGUCCGGUUACUUCAGCUCGCUCGGCAUGAUGUACGCACCGCAAUCAGUCGAACCACAGUACGCAAUGACGGCGGGCAUGUAUGCGGCCGCAAUGCUCAUUACCGGCAUCUUUACCGGUAUUCUGUUCUCGAUGGUGUUCCCGAUGGUGGUACAGUAUAACUUCCUCGAAUGGCUUCACUAGGCCUGGCGUUGGGGAAUGGACGUGUACGACGGCUACGUUUCGUAACCGGCAUACGUUCCCAUUCCCAACGAGACUCUUGUUUUUUUUCUCUUCGCCCCAAAGGGGAGAACCAACCGACGGGUAAAGAGUGUGAUACCCGAUCGGGCGCAAAGAGACGAUCGUUUCGUGGCUCGUUUGCGCACAGUUUGGUGUGUUACAGUCUUCGCCUCUAAAAUCAUAUCACCUUGCUCAGAUUGAAAGAAUGCAAACCAUGUUAAAAGGCGCUCACUAUCGUCACACUAUCCUGCUUCUACUGGAUGGGUUCCGGAACACUGCAGGAUUAUACAGAAUCGCACAAAGUUUUCUUUUUCUUCACGUUUUUUUUUCACUUUAUUUUGCGUGUAUUUUUUUAAUUGAUUUUUAAUUUGCUUCAUUUGAAGGUUUUGAGAUAAUUUAAGCUGCUUCAACAAUUAUUAACCUACCUAAAUAUGGAUUUGUAUGGUAGAUCAUGUACCAUAAUCGAUCAGAUACAACGUUUAAGCGUUAGGAAAUUAAAUCAUUAAUCAAACGAUUAAAAUUAUUGAUCUAAGAUUGAUGUUGGUGUGGUCAGUGGCGGGUUUAACGGCAAACGGACUAAGUGGCCGCAAGGGCCCCAUGCUCGCAUGUGUAUAAAUUCAGAAAUGUUCGCUUAGUCCCGCAGGACUGCAAAAUCGUCACUACCUUUGGGCAAUGCAGAACAAAAUGAAUCCUAUCGAAUCCAUCUCACUCUUGGCUUAACGAUCUUAGAGAUUAGGCCGGCCAUUUCUGGUUUACUAGACUUGUUUGACUUGUUGACCACGUAGCCGGAUAGUCAGUUCUUGCUACGGAAGUUUACGGUAUGGGAUUUGAUGUCCUGCCCUGUCGUGUGAAACCGGCGCCGUUUUAUCACAUACACUACCGGAAUGACCCAUCAAAUCCAUAUUUAGGGUAAUUAAUUGUUUUGGAAAGACUAUUACUACUAAUUAGGAAACUUUUUGCGCAAGACAAACUUACUGUUUGUCUUUGAAUUUGUUUAUUUGUUUGUAGCUAUUUAGUGUCACGAGAUCACUCCUUUUCGAUAUGAUCAUUGAACGCAUAAUAGGCCUUUCCUUAGGGAUCGGUGAUAAACUUCCUGUUCCCGUUGCCCCGGCUCGUGCGGACUGAUAGCGGAAGUUGAAACUUACUGAUAGCCGUGCGCCUUUUUCAAACGGCAUUCAUCAACUGCGGCCGCCACGCUCGGUAAUGGUAAUCAGUCGGUGUGACGUGAACGACAAGUCUCACCAAAAAUCGGUUUUAUGUACUGUUUUAUGCCUAAAAGUUUGUUUGAACCGGUUUUAUAGUUUGUAAUGUACGUCUUAAGAUUCAAAUUUCGACCGAUAAGGCCAUCCAUCAAUUAUCCGGCUCAUUACCAGUAAGUAACUCAAAGAAUAUCGACAGAACAGCUAGUGGCGAUCGAAAUAGAAUCAAACAAAAUGGGAAACUAACAACAACUAGACCUUAACAUAAGUAGAUAUUAGCACGAAAGGUCAACUUCUCCACAAAUCAGUUGGAAAGGUAUAAUUUCUCAAAGAAGAAUGAAGUUAACAUCUGUUUAUUGAUUUUAUCAGAAUACUUAUUGUAGACGUACACACAAACACACAACAACGACUAAAACCUAAGUUCUAAUAGAACCUAAUCAAAGAAAUGUCCUCAACGUACCAAUAGUCUGAUUAAAACAAAAAAUACUAUAAGAAAUUAACAUCAACAACGAGAAGCACAAUCGAUUUCAUUACAAUUGUUAGGUUUAUUGAUUUCAAUAAGGUUUGAUUUUUGUUAUAUUUUCUUACUCAUCCAAUUUCUGGAACUGCGGAUUAGACUAACAACUCGAUGUAACCGUUAUGCAAAUAUGGCCGAACCGAUCCUACAUACAACAAGUGGAAUAUUUUCUCAUUCAUUUUGGUUUGUUGCUAAAAGAUUUCAUAGCCUACAAUUUACUAAAAACGAAUCAAUAAUUCGAACUGUUUAGCGUAAGUUUAUUUAAUCUUUUAACAUAUAAGCAUCUUCAGCACAGUUCUGUUUCGUUUCCUAUCUCUUAGCGGACGGUUACAUCAAACUGUGUUGUCGCGCUAGCAGAAAAAAAUGGUCAAAAAGUAAAAUCAAUUAGCGUGUAAGAAUAGUACACAGCAGCUUAAUGCAGCGACCCAUCCAUAUCGUAAUUUUGUUCCACUUACAAGUCAUACAAAGCGCGCUUUAAUACCGGAUCUCAGAGAAACAAGUUUUGCCACAAUGUUAGGAAGAAAACAAAAAGGAAAAUGAAAUGUAAACCAAAAAUUUAAAAAAAUCACACCCACGCACUGUAUUUUUGUCAAAUCGCGAAUCCUAAAUGCUGUUUUGUUUAAAAAUAAUGUUUACUUUUAAAACAACGAAACUAAGAUUCCUCAUAUCCUGAAACAUUUGUCACUCGUUUGAAGACCAAAAUUUUAUUUCAUAAGUUUGCUGCUUUUGUGUAAUAUUUGUGACAGAUUUGAUCAAGGAAAAAACACACAAUAUUUAAACAUAUUAUUUGACUGAUGAAGUAUAAGCGAGAAACAGGGCUUUACACUAGCUGAUUAGCCGAUGUGUGCAGAUUAGUCUUGAUUUUAGUGUUUGAUUUCAAUUUUGGUUUUAUGUAAUUAUACAUUUUCCCACUGUUCCAAAGUCCUGUUUUGUACGUCGGGAAAUUGUGUUUGUGUUUUAAUGGUAAUUUUAAAGUGUUCUACUGCUUCAAACAUUGCAUACGGUUACACGUUGCUUUACGCUACUUGUACUGUAUUUGUUUGUUUUUCUUUUCUUUUUUAUUAGAACCCAAUAAAAUGCUUCCAAAAUA